AUGGAUGGCGCCGGCCUCGACUUCACCAUGGUGUCGUACAACGUGCUGUCGCAGCACCUGCUGGGCUCGAUGCGGGACCUGUACGAGGGCUCCGACCCGCUCCACACCGCCUGGGAGACGCGCGGGCCCCGGCUCUGGCGCCAGGUGGUCCGGCUGAAGCCGGACACAUGUCACGUGAUUCAGCUGCCACCCAACGGCAUCGGCCGUCGGCCGGUCGGCCGGCACGUGGCGGACCAUGCGGAGGGCGGUCUCAACACCCUCCGGUGCUUUGACGCAGGACUCCAAAUUCUGUACAAGCGCCGCACGGGCCCGGACAAGAAGGACGGCUGCGCGCUGCUGUACCGCGAGGCCCGCUUUGAGCUGUGCGAGGAGGCGACCGUCGAGUACCUGCAGCGCGACUGCCCGUCGCUCGACAGAGACAAUGUCGGCAUCGUGGCCAGGCUUAGGAGCGACCGAGGCGACCUGGUGGUGGCCUGCACGCACCUGCUCUACAACCCGCGGCGUCACGAUGUCAAGCUGGCGCAGGUGGCGCUGCUGCUGGCCGAGGUGGACCGGCUGGCCUGGUGCGGGCGCACCGAGCGCCACCUGCCCGUCCUGCUGGCCGGCGACUUCAACCUGGAGCCCUUCUCGCCCGUGAGUGGGCGGCGCCGGGUGCUGGGCUGA